AUGGCAGAAGCGUGCUUGGAGCAGUGGAAGGCGAGAACAGCCGCUGUCAGUCUAGCUCGGAAGGCGACUAGCCAGGAGGAGAGGAGCCUUGCCUUGAGGAGGGCGGCACUGAACGGGUGGUCGUCUACUUGCACAGCUCGAGUAGCAACUCAGAACGAACACAGAGGUCAAAACUCGUGUCUGGUACAUCCCAGCGCUACUGACAAGAAUCAUCCUCGUCUCGUCUGUCCAGUCUCUUCGCCGAGGACCAGAGCGCCAACACGCACCGAUGCAUCAGUAUCAAGACACAGCAUAAGGUCGAACGAGUCUAUGGCGUCGAAUGUAUCGCUAGAUGCUGACGUUGAUCAGAAGAUAUGGGAGCACACGGAAGGGAAGAAGGACCAGGAAGAAAUGACAAAGCUAGCAAAGAGGAUGGAAAAACUGUCCAAUCAAGUCGUGUACUUGGAGAGUAAGAACAAGAUAUUGGAGAACGAAAACAGGGCCCUGACCGCCCAGGCGACUGCAGACAGGCAAUUAGCUUCAUACGCAUCGAGUUAUUCCAGUGCUGCGUUACAGUCGCUGGAAGAAAAGAAAGCGCUCGAGAGAAAGUUGCAACAGGAGGCUCUUGAAGCAGAUGCUCUGCGCGAUCUCUUAAGGAUGAAAGAUGAUACAAUCAGCGACCUCAAGCGAGAAGCUGAUGAGCAUGCCGAAAGGAUCAGCCAACUACAGGGGACUAUCGAGUAUCUUCAGAGGAGAAUGCAAGAGAAUGAGAACGAGAAGAUGUCUUUGAAGAAGGAAACAGAGAGGCUGAGUCAGGAGCUCGAGACCAAGACUACUUACAAAGAUGUCGCGGUUCAAGCCAACCCGGACGUCAUGGAGAAGUUGAUCGAGAGCGACAGCGAAAUCUCUCACGUCAGCCUCGAUGAGAAUCAUUUGGAAGAAGACUUCAAGUCUGCUGACUUGCUCUUUGACGAGUCUGGUAAGCACAGCUCUCCUUGCUAUCACGAGUUCAAGUCUCUUGCUGUAGAUGAGAGCACUUGA